UAUGACGUAAGUCACUUGCCGCGCAGUGAUGAUGGCGGUGCGUGAACGCGCAGUAAAAGUAAUGGCUGCUCUGGAACGGCGGGUGCCUAGUCUCGAUGAUUUCGUGGGCGAAAGCUGGAGCGCCUGGGCCGAGAGAGCCAGUGUGACUGCGUCGGAAGGCUCUGAUGGAGAUGACUGCAGCAAGAAUGGGAAGAAAGCAGCCGAGGCAAUGUCUCUUAGGAAGGAAGACAUGUCCAUCUUCGGCCACUACCCGGGCCAAGAUGACUUCUACUUGGUGGUGUGUAGCCACUGUGGCCAGGUGGUCAAGCCCCAGGCCUUUGAGAAGCAUUGUGAGAGGAGACACGGCCCUCUGAGCAAACUGUACGCCCCCCUCCGCUCCACCCCUCCAGCACCCCAGCAGCGCCCCCGCCAUAGCCACUCCCCAUCCUCUGCCCACGCAACCUCAUCCUGGGAAGGGAGGAGGCAAGGGACUGGGGCACCAAGAGCAGCCCCCCCAUCCCCAUCCACACCCCCACAGUUCAGACACACCAAGCCCCCCAAGGAAGGAGUAGGCCACUCUCACCUGGAUAAGAGCCCCCACAGCGGCCAUUCUGAAUCAGCUGUGUUCAAGCAGCCUCCACCCCUGGAGCCUCCCCUGAGCUCCCCACCUCCCUCACUCAGAGACCCACCGUGGCCCCAUGGAGGCACCCCGCCCAGCCGGUCCUCCACCACCCCGCCCAGCCGGUCCUCCACCACCCCGCCCAGUCGGCCCACCACCUCCACCGCCCGGCCCUCCACCACCCCCCCGCCCGGCCGGCCCUCCACCACCCCCCCGCCCGACCGGCCCUCCACUGUCCGGCUCUCCACCACCCCAGCCGGCCGGCCCUCCACCAGUGAGAGGACACACACUCAGAGGAAGGAGGCCAUAAUGGUCCCUACCCUCCCUGGCCAUCUCCGUGGACCAAGACCUUACAACAAAGUGGCCUCCAGGAGAGAGUGUGAUCUUGACAAGCACUGCGGAGUACUGGACUCCGAGAGGAAGAAAGUCUGCACUCGUCUCCUAACUUGCAAUAUUCACUCUAUUCACCAGCGGAGGAAGGUUUCUGGUCGGAGUAAAAACUUUGACCAGCUGGUGACCGAGCUGAAGACGGGUGUCCGGAUCCGUGAGCGGGGCGCUCAGACCCAGGAGGGGAGUGGCUCAUGCCGGUCCCCCAGCCCAGAGGCCCAGAGGGACCCCCUAGCACCCCCACACUGCAGGAGGCCCCUCACCAACAACCCUGCCUUCAGUCGAUCCAGGGCUUCUUCAGAGAGUGCUCCAGAGGAGGAAAAACCUUGUCAAGAGGAGGGUAGCACCCAAGCCCCAUCACCCCUCACCCAUGGGCGCAUUUCCAGCGAUGAGAGCGAGGGAGAGGGGCCCGAGGAACCAAUCGAAUACCCCUCCUCCUCUUGGCACCCUAAACCAGCCGCGGGGUGUUCGUUUGGCAGUUAUGUGAUGGGUCAUGGUGUGUACACCUUUGACCGGCGGCUCCACCACCUUCGGUCGGCGCUCAAUGCCAUGGUGGAGCAGCACAUCAGCGCACACCUCUGGAAGAAAAUACCUCAAGCAUCAGACCUCCAGUCCCAAAGUCCCUCUGUGAAGAGCAUCUCCUCUUCCUCUCCCUCCUCAUCCUUCUCUUCCUCUCUACAUUCUAAAGUCAGGACAGGAAGCCACAGAACCACCCCAUCCCUCAGGCCUUCCUCCCAUGGACCAGGGAGGGAGACACGCCUACAAAUCGCCUCCCACUCCACAGCCAUUAACCAAUCAGAGAAUUCCAGUGGCAGUGGCAGCCAUAUUGUAGCCCCUGCGCCCCCUCCUGUCCGCGAGGCAGGUCCAGGGCGACCGCUAGGUCCCGGAAGGCCCAAGAACCCGGUGGGGCGACCCAGCAAGCAGCAACUGAGACUCAGAGAGGAGGAGGCGGCAGCAGCAGCACUCAGUAAACGUGAAGCCCCAUCACAGGAGAGUGAGCACUCCGGCCCAGACAGGAACUCUAUCAUCCUACAGGAUCGGAGACGGCCCCCAACCAGUUCCUCUAAGACCACCCGGCCCACCCCUCACAGCCAGACCAAUGGCACCCUCUCCCCCAGCAGCAAACCCCGCCCCCAGCCAUCCCCCUCGGAGCCCCAUUCACCAGCAUCUGCCUGGUUGUUUAAACGGACACACCCACCCUCUGGACACACUUCCUCCCCACCCGAUCCUCACUUCCGCAGGGGGGACUCAGGACUGCACGGGAGGGGGGCGACGGCGUACGACCACAGGGGUCUGGGGAAGAAACGCAAGGGGGGCAGCAGUGAACCCUCUCCCCCCUCCAAACCGCACCGCCUGCCCUCCUCCCCUCACUCCAAUUUCUACCCCUGGAAGGACAGUAAGGGGGGAACACUGCCUGGUGGGGUGGAGAAGAAAAUGGGCACACAGAAGCCAAAACUGCACCAUUAAGAGUGCCUGCCUUACAAGCUACUGAGGGAGUCAGCCCUGCCUGUGCUGUCAGACAUCAUGCCUCAGACUGUGGCUACAGGACUCAAGAGAUGUGUGUGUGUGACUUGAUAUUCAAGCCAAUGUUUGUGUGUAUGUCUUUUGACUCCUGUGUGUGUGUGUGAGCGAGAGUGCUUAUGACCAAUAAUGUAUGAGUUAUGUGUUCAGUUCCUGAGUCGGUGUGUAAGUUUGCUGCUGCUGUUGGUGAGUGUGUGCAGGACAAAGGGGACAUGUGAAUUUCUGUGUAUGAAUUUAGAAAUACCUCAAGACCUUCUGGUUAUGCUGCUAAAUAAAUAUGUUGGUUUAUAAAAAUUGAUUAAAAAUAUCCUUUACACUUGC